GCAGGUGGAGGCGGAAAUAGAGGAGCGGCUGAGGGAAGCACGGAGGAGACUCUCCCCCCGGCAAGUCUUUCUGUAAACAUUGAGGUCCUGAGCGUGCGUUGGCGCUCCCUCCUUGACACUCACAAAUAUGGCGAAGAAAACUGUUCAGUCAACUAGACUUUAUGCCAAGGCAGUUUUUACUGGGUACAAGCGUGGUCUCCGUGCACAACAUGAAAACACAGCGCUGUUGAAGGUGGACGGUGCCAAAAACAAGGGUGAUGGUACCUACUACAUUGGAAAACGAUGUGCUUACGUGUACAAGUGCAAAAACAAGACCCCUUGCCCAACUGGUGGCAAAUCAAAGCUUCGUGUGAUCUGGGGAAAAAUUACUCGCACUCAUGGUAACUCUGGAGCCUUGCGUGCUAAAUUUGCCCGAUCCCUGCCAGCUUAUGCAAUGGGAAGGAGAGUCAGGAUUAUGAUGUACCCCUCCAGAAUCUAAAUUAAAUAAAGAAUAAAAUUA